AUGUAGGGGUGGGGAAAAGAGAGGGAGAGAGAGAGAAAGCGAGUAACUAGAAAGAGAUAGAGUACGUACACGAGGCAGGAGGCGCUCCCUCUAAUCGCGGCUACGACGCCAAACAGCAUUGCACCGGCUGCUACAAUAGUCUUAAAUGGAGGCUCAGGCAGACUCUGGUGCUGCAGGGCCACUUAGAGAUCGAGAGUUCCAGAAGCUUCUGAAGUCCUCCAGCUCUGCCAGUCUCAUCAGCGAGCCCUCCCACAAUGCCUCAGGAGAGCAUGUCGGUACUCCGUCACACCAUGGCAGCCAGGUGCUGAUCACCGAGAAACGACAGCCUCUCAGCAGUGUGUCCUCUCUGGAGGUACACUUUGACCUCCUGGACCUGACGGAGCUCACAGACAUGUCUGACCAGGAGCUGGGGGAGGUGUUUGCUGAUUCAGAUGAGGAGAAUCAUACAGAAUCCCCAGCAAUUCACCCCGCAGAUCGCCAGCAGCCACCAUUACCUAGAUUUCCACACAGCGGUUACGUCCGCUCGCCCUCCUGGACCCGCGGUGGAAAAGGGGAACAGCAGCCGAGAGAUCGAAAGCACCACAGUGACUCCGAAAACACAGAGCCAAUGUUGAAGAUAGAGCGCUCUCAAUCCCAGCAGCCUUGAGCCAGGGACAGCUACAGGGGCUUAGGAAGAAAACAAAGCCCUUGUGCGGAAAGUGGAGGUUCUUUCUCAAGCAAGAAGAUGAGGAACCCUUGGGAUCAAAGGACAUGGGGGUCUCACCUAAAGAUAAUGCAAUCCCUUUGUCCAUUAUGGACAAGAAGAGAGCUCCAAAAAGCUGGGGUAAGUGUAGACUCUUCCUCAAGAUGGAACAGACUUCAUCCAACUAGGAUUUUGAGACGCCUCUUUGGGACAGAGUUACUUUCAGUCUUCUCCAUGUGACUACUGCAUAUGGAGAACUUGAAGCAUGAUGUAGCAUUACGGACAACACUGGCUCAAGCAAAGUGAAUCUAAGGAGUAACUGAGGAAUUCCACAGUGAUUUGAAUCUUCAAGGAACUGUUUAAAGAACAGUGCUAUGUAUCGAAGUUGCAACUGUGAUAAGACACAGAGAACCUACAGCAUAGUUCAAGACAUGGCAAUGCAGAGAAGUUACAAGAAUUCCCAACAAAAGUGUCCUUCAAGGAGAUUCUGCAUG